CGCAGCUGGCCAGUUGACGGUUAUUAGAAGAAUUAGAUCUGUUUUGGUUUGGCUUAACAAGACAAAACCUACCACGUCGCUCAUUCAUUAGUCUCAAAGUGGUGUCUUUGCCUCUCUAAACUUGAGCAACAAGCAGUUUAGGCCUAGCCUACCAUGGCUUUUAAACCAGAUAAGGAAUUUUCAGACAUUUCUACAAAAUUAUGGAAUGCUGAUGAAAACCGCCUCACUCCUGGCGUGGAUUACUCCAUUCAUCUUCAGGGAAAGACGUUUUUUCACAACAUGGGCAAACGAGAUAGUGCGAAGGAUCCACUGUUCUCUUACGUUAAUAUGGAAAAAUUAAAUUCCAUGCCCACAUACAAGCGUUUUAUAGCAUUGCUGGACAAUUACGAGAGCGAGACGGGUAUUGCAGAGGAGGUUACCCAGGAAGAAAUUAAAGAAAACCAAGUAUUCAUAGAUGCAAUUAUGGAAACAAAGGUUAUGAAGCUAGUCCACAAAUACUUAGCAGACAAAAAAUUAUCACCAAAGGAUGUUAGAGGAUUUAAACAUCAACUUUACGACAUAUGGUUCAAGUUAUACAGAUGAACACGUGGCGAUAGGGAUUUUGAUUCGUCUGGGUUUGAACACGUAUUUGUUGGUGAAAAUAAACGUGAAACAAACCAGGUAACAGGAUUUCACAAUUGGAUCAAAUUUUACCUGGAAGAAAAGAAAGGAAAUGUUGACUACAAAGGAUGGAUUCCCCCAAAAAUCAAGAGAGGACCACCACGUGCUGAUAAUUCCUCACACCUGGUCACUAUUCAAUUCACAUGGAAGGGCGGUAUAAAGCCACUUGGAAGCUCCUUUAUCGGUACAAGCCCCGAGUUUGAGAUAGCUUUGUAUACUCUGUUUUUCCUGGCAGCAGAUAAGGACACGUUUGAUGUAGAGGUCGAUGAUUAUGACAUUCAGAUCACAGUUCAUCACCUUGGAAACAAGCUAGGCAGCUGUUAUCCAGUUAUUAGGCAGUAAUUAUAAUAAUUGUUUAAGUUUAACCAUGUAAAAAAAAUAAUUGUAUCAUUUUUUUCCUACCAGUAUUAUCCCCCAAUUAUAUUGGAAGUAUAGCUUGGUGCAGGAGCGAAUAUAGAAUUCUUUUAAACAGGGAAGAUUUAACAAAAGGAAUACUCACUCAGGACUUAAAAUUCGUGAAAUAAUGACCAAGAAUUUUUUACAUGGCCUUAUUAUUACUACUAUACUAUUAUAGCUAUACUAAAGUUUGGUGCUACAAAACAUAUUGAUCUUGCUAUGUGUAAUAGAGAAGGGCAUCUGUAGUUUUGUUUGCUACGAAAUGCAUUGAUCUUGGCAUGUGUAGCAGAGAAGUGGGGAGUGUGGUUAACUAAUUCAAGAGGGAAACUUGCCUUUUUAACAAGAUGUGAUUAAAGUCAUUGUUUUUGACAUUAAAGUUUGACUAAUCCGAUGCUACAAAUAAUUAAAUUGUAAAAAAAAAUAUUUUUUGACAAUUUGUAAAUCUGUUCAGUAGCUAUGGUGAUUGGGAAUGUUAAAAUUACAAACAAAAUCAAAAGAAGUUGGUGUUUACUUUAGUAGGAAGCUUAGGCCUACGAUUUACACGACAACACGACACUAGAAUGGAAUCACUUAUGCGUGACUGAAAAUUUUGAAAAUAAAUAGAAUUUAAGAGAUACAGUGUAGUAUGGAAAAGGUUUAGGUUAUUUUAAUUACAGUUCGAGAACACCCUUUUUGGGACCUGAACAAUUGGGUUGGUCUCGGUUCGGCCUUCAAAUGGAGAGUUAGCUUUGCACUUAGAAACUCUAGGACAAAGUAGAAACCCUGAUUGUUUAGUUAAUAACAGAUGAGGUCAAAAGAAAUUUACAAUAAAACAAAAUAAUAUGCCCAAAAGAACUUAAAUCUUACCCAAAGGCGAUCAUGUUUCAUAUUAUUGAAAUAUUAUUUUGUGCAUAGUACUGUACUGUAUAUUUAACUUGUACAGUACGAACAGUAUUACUCUUAUUAAAAGUAUAUAUUAUAUCAAGCCAUCAGGUUGUAUAAAACAAACAGAUUUGUUUUGAUCUAAUCCAAAUCUACUUUGUCCAAGAUAUCAGUAGGUCAGAUGAAAUACUUAUUAUUACAAAUAUUACAUUUAUUUUGGCUAUUGAAGUUGAUGUAUUGUAGAAUAGUCAAGUCUUUCAGUACUAAAAAAUCUAUUUUUCUACUCUUUAUGCCAUCCAUGUGGAAAACAUAAUAUACGGUACUAUACAUAAUAUGUACUGUUUCCAUGAGAAAGAGAAGUAAUAAAUGUAAUUUGCAACUACAA